AUGACAAGUAUAGCAAAAAGAUUGAUAAGAAAAUCUAAACCACAAUUGCCAAUUUACAAAGAUGCUAAAGGUCACAAAACUCUUUUAGAAUUAAUUAAUGUUUAUCCAGAUUAUGGAGUUGGCCUAAACGUGGUUUAUCUUGAUGUUGACAGUUUAAAUCAUGAAAAAAGUAGAUUGGAAAAUUCAAUAUUUCACUUGACAAGAUCAAUUAACGAAUUAAAAUCUUUUAUUAAUGAUCAAAAUUCCAGUGAUAAUAAUUUUGAAUUUGAAUUGGCUAUUAAAGAAAACGAAGAAGUUAUCACAAAUCAAGAUCAAGGAAUGGAUACAGGUGAAGAAGAUGGUGUUUAUUUGUAA